AUGCGGCAAGUCUCCCCCGAAAGCCCGGACAUCUUCGACUUCAUCAUGGACGUCUAUCAUAGUUGCGGUGGAAAAUGGGACACCCUGGUAUCGCAAUGCGACAUUACGUCCGAUGAGCUCACACGUUUUCUGGAGUAUGCUGCGUCGUUCCUCAGCAACCUGGGCAACUUCUAUGGAGAAGGUGAUCAGAAGUAUGUCCCCGACUUGAGCGUUGAAGCUCUGCAAAAGAUUGCAAAUAUAUCUGCAAAGGCGAAGGUUGGUUUGGAGAAAGUUAUCGGCCCAGUGUUCGCAGUCCCCCCAUUCAACCUUGGAUAUCCCGACAAGAACGCGCAAUCGAGCUAUUACCCUGGCCCUGAACUUAUUUCCAAAGAGGAGAUCGCUAAAGUGUCGGAGGUCAUGGAAAAUCACUCGAUUGGGGACCAGAGAAUACUCGGAUUCGGAAACUUGUGGAAGACGGAAAACCCACCUACCAUCUGUUACAAGCUUCUGCAGAGACAGGUCUACACGAACUUGCAGAUGGCAUAUUCCUCGCCAGAGGCGACCACUGCGAAGAAUUGUCCAAGAUCGGAGUGGGAGGCCAUGGUGGGAAUCGCUGAUCCGGAUGAGACAUCGAGGUUGAAGCGCUUCGUCGAAAUGUCGACUGUGAUCAUUCGACAACUCCCAUGGGCAGUUGAGGGCGUAAACGACGGGAAAGGACCAUUCGAGAAGACUCCUUUUGAAGCUCCUGACUUCACUAGCGUCCACGCGCUUGCCAUAUGCGGUAGCGUCGUCUUCGAAGCCGCAAAUCUCCCCAACUAUGAAUACAUCCGAGAAACCUGCGGCUUCAAGAACAUCGUCCUCGCGAACCGCCUCAGCGUCAACAAUAACCCCAAGCUACCGUGCCACUGGGUCGAUCCAUCAGAGCUCAAACACUUCAAGAGCACGACGCACAUUGUCAGAUUUAUCACCACGGCCAUCCACGAGCUGAUUGGCCAUGGAACAGGCAAACUCCUCAGUGAAACCACACCGGGGGUCUACAACUUCGACAAGCAGAACCCGCCAAUCAGUCCGUUAAGCGGGAAAGCAGUAACUUCCUACUACUUGCCCGGCCAGACUUGGACCAGCGUCUUUGGUAAUUUGGCGGGAACGGUAGAGGAAUGUCGUGCCAUCCUGGUUUCAGAAUAUCUCAUGGAUAAUAAGGAGUUGUUGAGUAUUUUUGGGUAUACUGAUGACAUUGAAAUCACAGCUGAAGACCUUCUUUACACCACCUACCUCAACAUUGGCGUCGACGGUCUUCAAGCUCUUGAACAUUACAGCGUUCAAAACAAGGCUUGGGGCCAGGUCCACCACCAGGCCCACUUCUCUAUCCUCAAACACCUCCUGCAAGAAGGCGGCGGCGUCAUCGGCAUCUCCUCGGACCCCAUCACCUCCACCCUCACCGUCCAUGUUGACCGCACAAAGAUUCUCUCGCACGGCAAACCCGCUCUGGGCCGCUAUCUCUGCCGCCUACACAUCUGGCGCUGCACCGCCGAUAUUUCCCACUGCAAGGAGUUCCAUGAACCCAUGUGUGCUGUUGAUGGUGUGUACGAGCGGUGGCGUCAGAUUGUGUGUUCGAAGCCAAAACCAAGAUGGAAAUUUGUACAACCAAAUACUUUUGUCAAUGGGGGAGAUGUGGAAUUGAAGGUUUAUGAGGAGAGCAAUGAAGGCAUUAUUCAGUCGUGGGCUGAGAGGGGGAUUUGA